UUUAUUUAAUUUUAUUUAAUUUUGUUAUAUUUUUAAUUAACAGAUGGGUAGAUGGGAAGUUGUCUGUUUUCUUAAAGAUAACUGUAUUGAAGCAGUGCCUGAUACAUGGGUCCAAAAAGAUCUUUGUGCUUGGCCAAAGUCAUCAAAAAAUAUAAAAAAGUUAAUUAAAAACCGAUACAAGCCAAAUAAAACAGAUUUUUUUUAUUAUCCAGCACGUAUUUUGGGAACAAAAAACUAUGGUACCAAUUCUUUUAAUUAUUAUUGCAUAUAUUAUUGUUAUUUAUAGUACCAUAUUAUUUGUAAUUUGUAUAAUAUACUUAAAGUUGUUUUUUUUAGCAACAUUAGCUGAAGCACAAGCCAAACUCUCAAGAGCAACUACAAAUUCGGACUUGUCUACAACAGAAGAUGAGAUAAAAAAAAAAAAAAAGAAAACAUUUAAUUCAUCUGCAGGAUUAGUUGACAUGCGUUUUCCACCACCUAUGUAUAAAGAUUAUUGCUCUAAAGUAACAAAAUCAAAACACGAUGUUGAAUCUAUAUUCAAUGUUGACAAUCAUGAAUCACUGAGUGAUAAUAAUGACGAUAAUAUUGCUGAUGAUAAUGAUGAUUCAGAUUGUGAUCCAACGUGGGGAAAUGAACGCUUCAUAAGCAAUAAAGGUAGUUAUGAUUCAAAUUCAGAAGAUAAUAUUUUGAUCCAAUCCUCAUCAAACGCUGUAUUUUCACCAAACACCCAAGUUUGGAAGGUCAAUCAUUUAAAUAGAUAUGAACAAACUGAAAUAGCACCGAAUUUUCAAGGAGUGCAUAAAUCACCUGGAAAAUGGAAUAUAUCAAGUACUAACAACCAAACUGAAGAUGCAGAAGCAUUGAAACAUGUAACAAAAACUUUGGUUUUGGAUGCAAAUAGUAAAAACCUUAGUAUAAAUGUGAAUGAUGGUAAAUAAUACAUAAGUCAAACAAAAUCU